CACAGGUAAACCGGGUCCCUCUGCAGACAUGUCAGCCAAGGCAAUUUCAGAGCAGACGGGCAAAGAACUCCUUUACAAGUACAUCUGUACCACCUCAGCCAUCCAGAACCGGUUCAAGUAUGCCCGGGUUACUCCCGACACCGACUGGGCACGUCUGCUGCAGGACCACCCCUGGCUGCUCAGCCAGAGCUUGGUAGUUAAGCCAGACCAGCUGAUCAAACGUCGAGGAAAGCUUGGCCUAGUUGGGGUCAACCUCACACUGGAUGGAGUCAAAUCCUGGCUAAAACCUCGACUGGGACAUGAGGCCACCGUCGGCAAAGCCAAAGGCUUCCUCAAGAACUUUCUGAUUGAACCUUUCGUCCCCCACAGUCAGGCGGAGGAGUUCUAUGUGUGCAUCUAUGCUACUCGGGAAGGAGACUACGUCCUAUUCCACCAUGAAGGGGGUGUGGAUGUGGGAGACGUGGAUGCAAAAGCCCAGAAGCUGCUUGUAGGUGUGGAUGAGAAGCUGAACACCGAGGACAUUAAGAGACACCUGUUGGUCCACGCCCCUGAAGACAAGAAAGAAAUCCUGGCCAGCUUCAUCUCUGGCCUGUUCAAUUUCUACGAGGAUCUGUACUUUACCUACCUUGAGAUCAACCCCCUUGUGGUGACCAAAGAUGGUGUCUACAUCCUUGACCUGGCAGCCAAGGUGGAUGCCACGGCUGACUACAUCUGCAAAGUGAAGUGGGGUGAUAUAGAGUUCCCUCCCCCAUUUGGGCGUGAGGCGUAUCCAGAGGAAGCCUACAUUGCCGACCUGGAUGCCAAAAGUGGGGCAAGCUUGAAGCUGACCUUGCUGAACCCCAAGGGGCGGAUCUGGACCAUGGUUGCUGGGGGUGGCGCCUCCGUUGUGUACAGUGAUACCAUCUGUGAUCUUGGAGGUGUCAAUGAGCUGGCGAAUUACGGGGAGUACUCGGGUGCUCCCAGUGAACAGCAGACCUAUGACUAUGCUAAGACCAUCCUCUCACUUAUGACUCGAGAGAAGCACCCAGAUGGCAAGAUCCUCAUCAUUGGAGGCAGCAUCGCAAACUUCACCAAUGUGGCUGCCACCUUCAAGGGCAUUGUGAGAGCAAUUAGAGAUUACCAGGGUCCUCUGAAGGAGCAUGAGGUCACAAUCUUUGUCCGAAGGGGUGGCCCCAACUAUCAAGAGGGAUUACGAGUGAUGGGAGAAGUUGGGAAGACCACUGGAAUCCCCAUCCAUGUCUUUGGCACAGAAACUCACAUGACGGCUAUUGUGGGCAUGGCCCUGGGCCACCGGCCCAUUCCCAACCAGCCACCCACAGCGGCUCACACUGCCAACUUCCUCCUUAAUGCCAGUGGGAGCACAUCGACUCCAGCACCCAGCCGGACAGCGUCUUUUUCUGAGUCCAGAGCUGAUGAAGUGGCACCUGCAAAGAAAGCCAAACCAGCCAUGCCCCAAGAUUCAGUCCCAAGUCCAAGAUCCCUGCAAGGAAAGAGUGCCACCCUCUUCAGCCGCCAUACCAAGGCUAUCGUGUGGGGCAUGCAGACGCGGGCUGUGCAAGGCAUGCUGGACUUCGACUACGUGUGCUCCCGAGAUGAGCCCUCAGUGGCUGCCAUGGUCUACCCCUUCACUGGGGAUCACAAACAGAAGUUUUACUGGGGACACAAAGAAAUCCUAAUCCCUGUCUUUAAGAACAUGGCUGAUGCCAUGAAAAAGCACCCGGAGGUAGAUGUGCUGAUCAACUUCGCCUCUCUGCGAUCUGCUUAUGACAGCACCAUGGAGACCAUGAGCUAUGCACAGGUAGAUGAUGGCCGCCAGGAUGUUUGGGUGGGGAAUCAGAAAGAGCUUCUGAAUGGAAUUCACAGUUAUGGCCAAUUGGGACAGAGGACUUGGGAGAGGCUAGGGUUUGAAACACAGACUGGAACCAAGAUUGCCUGGAUUCCAAUGCUGCCACGAAUUACCUGUGUGACUGUGGCCAGUUACUUAGUCCUCCAAGGAAACACUACUGCUGUUUUUGCAUUGCAGGUCCAAUUUGGCCAUGCUGGAGCUUGUGCCAACCAGGCUUCUGAAACCGCAGUAGCCAAGAACCAGGCCUUGAAGGAGGCAGGAGUGUUUGUGCCCCGCAGCUUCGAUGAGCUUGGAGAAAUCAUUCAGUCAGUGUAUGAAGAUCUUGUGGCCAAAGGAGCCAUUGUACCUGCUCAGGAAGUGCCACCUCCAACAGUGCCUAUGGACUACUCUUGGGCCAGGGAGCUGGGUUUGAUCCGAAAACCUGCCUCAUUCAUGACCAGCAUCUGUGAUGAGCGAGGGCAGGAGCUCAUUUACGCAGGCAUGCCCAUCACCGAGGUCUUCAAGGAAGAGAUGGGCAUCGGUGGCGUCCUCGGCCUCCUCUGGUUCCAGAGACGGUUACCUAAGUAUUCCUGCCCUGCUUCAUUUGGUCCCCAGAAGCAGCAAUGUUACUUUCUCACCCAUCUUUUCUGUUCUUUUUUUAGGGAAACUAAUGAAAAAAAAUGCACUGGUUCCAUUUUAGGGCACUAUCUUGAUCAGAAGAGGCUGAAGCAGGGGCUGUAUCGUCACCCAUGGGAUGAUAUUUCCUAUGUUCUUCCGGAGCACAUGAGCAUGUAACUGAAUCAGGAACCUUGCUGUAGUAAAAGGAAGACAAGAGCUCCCUCCUGGGUAGUAAUGGACAGACAGCUGGAAGCAGAGUCCAUUACAGGCUGGGCCUGGAGCAGAAGUAGCCAUUGAUGUACAGGCACGGAAGACCAACACCUACAGGCUAGUACCCAUUCAGUCCACACAAAGAAGCUUAGUAUUUUUUUUUAUAUAUAUAUAUAAGCAUAGAAAUUGAAAACCAAGCCAAUACUUGUGACAUUUGCUCUGCUACCUGCUGUAUCUAUUAUAUGGAAGAAUGGUGUUCUUCUAGGGCCUUAUGAUGUUUUCUUUUUUUAAUUAGUUAAAAGCUUAUUUUUGGUUUGGAGGAAGGGAAUGCAACUUUUAAGACUUUAGGACCCACUAACAUCUGGUAUCCCACUUCUCGUUAUCUUCACAUAACAUGAAGAACACUGUAUUAGUCUGAUUCAUAAGGAUCUUUUUCUUUUCUUUUCUUUCUUUUUUUUUUUUUGCUGUGUUAUGUGUUAAGGGUUUAUUUAGUAUCCCACUGAAAUGUUCUGUGUUACAGAUCAGUGUCUACUUAAUGUCAGAGGGAGGGGUGGGACCAUUACAUUCUUAGCCAAUUGUCAUACAUAUGUGGAGUAGUAACUUAAAUGUAAAGUUGUAACAUAUGAGUGUUUAAAAUGGAAACACAAGCAAAAAGCUGUGAAAUGUCUUGUGUCUCAUGUUCCGUGUUUAUGCAGCUGAUUUGUCUGUUACUGAAGUGUGGGUCCAAAGACUCAUAUAGCUGUUUUGCAUCUGUAACCCACAAAGAUUCCCGGCAGCUGCCACCUCAGUCUCUUCUCUGUAUUAUCAUGUUUGGUUUAAAUAAACUAUACAGUAACAAUGA